AUGAAUGGAGUCGGAAAUAAUGUUUCUGACAACUAUUAUUUUGAUCUUUCUCAAUUAAUAACGCUGGAAAAUCGGAGCUUCUAUCAUAACACGACAGAGGACGCUUUAAUUCUGAUAAACGUUAAUGAUGGCAACAACGGGAGUUUAUUCAGCGGAGGCACGACACCUUUCGAGGACAUUCCUAGCUUCACAAAGUACCUGGAAACGAUUUCAAAUGACAAACUGGGACUACUGGCUUUUCUCUUUCUCUUUUCGUUCUUUACCGUUUGCGGAAAUACGCUCGUGAUAUUGUCCGUGAUACGCGAGCGCUAUCUACAUACCGCGACAAAUUAUUUCAUCACAAGCUUAGCAGUUGCUGAUUGUCUCGUGGGGCUUGUCGUGAUGCCCUUUUCGGCAAUCUACGAAGUGCUGUUCAACACGUGGUUCUGGGGCGAAGAUUGGUGCGACAUCUGGCGAUCAUUGGAUGUACUUUUCAGUACGGCAUCCAUCUUGAAUCUGUGCGUGAUCUCGCUAGAUCGUUAUUGGGCGAUCACCGAUUCGUUAUCGUACCCCAUGAAAAUGACCAAGACCCGCGCCUUGGGUCUCAUAGCAGCUGUUUGGUUAUGCAGUAGUGCCAUUAGUUUUCCCGCCAUUGUUUGGUGGCGUGCUGUACGCGAAGGCGAAAUGCCCAAGGGGAAAUGCCAAUUCACGGAACACUUGGGUUACUUGGUGUUCUCGUCUACCAUAUCGUUUUAUCUUCCAUUGUUAGUGAUGGUUUUUACGUACUAUAGGAUUUACAGAGCGGCGGUUGUGCAAACGCGUUCCCUGAAGUUGGGCACGAAACAAGUGCUUAUGGCGUCGGGGGAGCUACAAUUAACACUGCGGAUACAUAGGGGCGGAACGACCCGAGAACCUCAUGCUAAUCAAGUCAAUAAUCAACAGCAACAUAACACGACAAGUUCGACGCCCGAAGAUCCCGAAGAAGAACCGCUUUCGGCGCUGCAAAACAAUGGGAUCAGCAGGCAGCGACAUUACGGGAAAAAUUUUAGCCUUAGUCGAAAAUUGGCGAAAUUUUCGAAGGAAAAGAAGGCAGCCAAAACACUCGGCAUCGUCAUGGGAGUCUUUGUGUUUUGCUGGUUGCCGUUUUUUGUUGUAAAUUUAUUGUCUGGAUUUUGUAUACAAUGUAUAGCGCACGAAGAAAUCGUCUCGGCUGUUGUUACAUGGCUGGGUUGGAUAAAUUCCAGCAUGAAUCCCGUUAUCUAUGCUUGUUGGAGUCGUGAUUUUCGACGAGCUUUCGUACGGCUGUUAUGUGUGUGUUGUCCUAGAAAAGUAAGACGGAAAUAUCAGCCAACUAUGAGAUCAAAAGCAUCGCAGAGAUUUGCAUCAAGACGAUGUUAUUCUACAUGUUCUUUACAUGGCAUACAGCAUGUUCGACACAACUCAUGUGAACAAACAUACAUAUAA